CUUAGGCAUUGCUGCCAUCGAGGGGUACGGACAGCACACAACACUCAACAAUCGUACUUUGUUUAAAGACAGCUGUGUAUCUAUUACACAGUGACACAAGAGAACAGCAGGCGGCAGUCCUUUGAAGACCUGUGGACCAAGGAAGGUGGAUGAGGUCCAUUUGAGUGGGUGGAAGAAGGGGGGUUCUAAGCAAGUAGACCCACAGUCGAUACAGUAAAACUUUAUUUGGGAUAAACUAAACCCUAAAUAAGGGCCUAAUCAAGGAGUCUAAGUACAAGGACAGUAGAAGAUGGAAACAGUUUUUCUUUACCAGUCUUCUGUUGUCUGUCCCAGUUGUCUUUGCCUAACUCUUUGGUGCAACAAUGCUUUGCAACGGUAAAUGUUUCCAUUAGUGUGUGUUGCAUUUCCAGGGGCCAAAUGAACAUAUGAAACACAGCUGUGAGGCAGGCACAAGAAAGGGGGUGGGAAUAUGGAAGAAUUCUAAUAUCCCAUUUAGGUUUCAUGUUAGAUCUAUGCCAGUUCUAGUAUUUAAUUUAAUGUUACAUGGUUUUGAAAUCCAGAUGCUUAAAAUCCCUUUGUCUAAUCUAUUAAAUUAUUAAUAUUUGCUGCUUAUAUGGGUCAAAGACUUAACAGCUCAACGAAACUAAACUGAAUGAAAACACACUGCUAAUAGUUUUGGGGAAUUCUCAAUUUCCGUUUUGGAAUCAAACUGAACCUUUAUCCCCUUAUUUAUGAGAUUUCCACAAUGGCUAAGUUUGUAUCACUGUAACAAAUGAGUUCCAUGAUAGCGUGAUUAUCUUAUUAGAAAUAUUGCAAUUGCAGUCAGUUUCAGUUUAUUUUUGAAAGGGGACAAUGCAAUUUCAUAAAACACAUGAAGUACACAUGGUUAAAAAAGCCAGAAUUAGCCAGAAGGCUAGUUUUCAUCUGUAGUCCCCUGGCCAUGAUGUAAAAAAGCAGUAAAAUACAUCUACAAGACAAUAUAAUACAGGAUACAUAAUCAAACUAUACUAUUAAGAGAGAAUAAAACCAUAAUUUUUUUGAUCAUAACAAAAAGACAACAUAACAUACUUGUCUUUUAGUGUUGGCAGCUAUAGGUGUUAACUAGCCACAUUUUCAGUUUUUUUGUGAAGGCCUUGUAUGUUGUAAGCAGUUUAACCUCCUUAGGUAAAUCACAGUCAUUCUGUGAUGUGUUUUUGCCAGUAUCUGGUAUGUCCUUUUGUUUGUCCAUUUGCCAGCAGCCUAAUAUGGCAUGCGGGAACACCAUGGUGAUCUGAUUCAUGGCUCUCAACAGUCCACACUAACUUAUCCAUUGUGUCACUGACGGCGUGUGAUAUGGUUCCAGUUAUACUUACCCUGAAUGCCAGACUUACCUUUAGCCAUUGCAUGAUGUUACCACUCAGGCACCUGUGUCAUCAGUUUGACACUGGAGUGCUCUCCACACCCAGCCACAUGCUUAUCAGCAGGCUUUACCAAGGUGUCAGGUCCUGAUAAAGGUCUGUCCACUUGCAUGGACCUCUAUGGGCAAAGGUCCUAUUUAGAUUCUUUUCUCUUCACUGAGAGGCCUUGCCCCUUUGACUCUUUCUUUUAUCACUUCCUAAGUGUGUCCUGACCUGUCAACCAGAGAGGACCCCGGGUUACCAGUCAGACCCUCUUUAGGGUAUACUGGACUGAGGAGCCAUUAGAGGCGGCAUCAUCAGACUGGCCAAAAGAUGAUGAGAAACAGAGCAGCCAGAGAGCCUAAAGAAAGGUAGGGGGCAAGAAGGGGGAGUGGGAGGUAGAUUUGCUGAACUAUAGAGGUUGUGAAUGGAGACCAGCUCUGUUUUCUAUUUGUGAGGAUUAGGGUGACAGAUUUGUAUUUAGUUUCUCCGGGCCAAACUGAAGUUAAUCCCCCUCACCUGCAGUGUGUCCACCCCUCCUCCUCUUUUCCUCUGACCCUGCAGCCCCAACUUCCCUCUAUACUUCCCCUGUGCCCCACUCACUCCUGCCCAGUACAAACACUCAUCCCGAGACAAGCACAUGACUCGUUGCACUCUGUCUCCUCAGGUUAGAGCCUAGCACUCGACACAAAUCUCUCCUGGGCAAAGGGAACAGCGGGGGGCUCAGCCUUUCUGCAGCACAAGAAAAAGAACCCCCACAACCUGAGGUCGUUCACGUAUACGAUUUUUUUUCCCCAGCUUGGGUGGGGAGGUUGUCCCUCAUCACUUCGAGAUAGCAAUUACCGUACUCAGAAAUUAAGAACCCUUACUACGGAAGCAGCUUGUCAAACCCACUCAAGGUAAACUGGUACUUUUGGUAAGGCUGCACAUUAGGAGAUAUUCAGGGUCAGGUCAGGGGCACAGAUCUCUUUUCUUUGGACCCGGGCUCUCACACACUCUGGCUAUGAAAGAUGGACUGCAGUGGCUCUGUAAAUGUACGCAGCAGGCCUGCCAUUAAUUCUUAAAGAUGUGGGUAUUCAGGGUGAUCUGAUAGCGUUUAGCAAAAAGUGGUACAGUGCAACAAUGGCGCACAAAGGGACAGAAAGAUUUGUGAAAGGUUGUCAGCGAAAUAAUGUGUAAUGUAAAGUAAUGUUCAGUUGAAUCAGUUGUUCUGAUUCGAUGCGUUUUUAUUCCUUUAAUGCAAUACUGCACUUAAUCCUGUGAGAGAGAAAAAGAUGUCAAAAGCAGCAAUAUUCACACAAUAAACAGAUGUAAGUUUAAAUCAAAUUUCAAUUUUAAUUUAUUAUACUGAUUAUAAAAGGGGAAAUUAAGCAUAGACUUCACUGUAUAUAUUUUUACAUUAUAUAUUUAUAUUUUGCACACUGCACACACAGAACCAAAUCACACACCUGCAGGCAUGCAAGGAGAAUGUCAGAGGGAAAAGGGCACACAAACAGUGAUGCACCUCUAGAGAUGGGAUGGUGGUGACAGUGCUUUGCUCAAGGGCACUUCGACAGAAGCCAGUAAGCAGACUAGCAUUUCUCCACCAACUCAUUGGCAGUUGCCAUGUUUACAUUUUGUCAUCAGCGGGAAUUUAACCAUGACUUUCUGAUUCCAAAGUAAUGAUAACUUUGCCCAUUUCUACCACAACAUUAAGUUAGCUAUCAAGGUAUACCUACAACCCGAAAAGGAAAGUGUUUUGUGUUAUUUGGGCUUCAGUGUUGGGCUCACGUACUGGCGGUUGGGCCAUCGCUCGCUCCAUCUGCCACUUCAGGUAAAAGUUUUACUAUUUACACGAAGGUGUUUGAUUCACAAGUUAAGGUCGAGAGGGGAGUCUUUUCAGCGCAUUCAGCAGACACAUCCACAGCGUCCUACAGCCUGGAGGAGGUGUGUAUUUUUUAUGAUUUUGGAGCCUCAUUUUAUAUACUUGGCGAUUUUGUAUUUAUUUAUGUAUUUAUUUCAAAUUUGGCAGGCUUGUUAACACCACACUUCUCUGUGCUGUGUCGAAUUUAUAAAAUAUUCUUAUUUUCACUUUACAGGGCCUUGAAAAAAGUUACCUAAAGUAAUAGAGAAGAAUGUUUCAUGCUUUUAUCGCUACACCCAGUAAUAAAUAUUAUACCGUAUAUGUAGAAUGAAAAAACUGCCAUAAGUACAAUAAUGUAGACUAAAUAUGAUACAUACAUAUACAUAUAUAUAUAUAAUGAUUAUUAUUGCAGUUGUUGUUGUUAGUAUAACAAUCAAUAUUAAGACAAAAAAAAUACUAAAUAAAAAAAACACACAUUACAACAGCCUGUGGCAGGCAUACCUGGGAGUCAACAAUGAGGGGAUUCUGUUGGACGCUUUGGUAGAGGCGGUUUCGCGAAUUUCUUCACGAAAAUUAAUCAACUUCGUGUACACUAGUUGUACAGUGCAAAGCUAUGACCGACCGCCAGCGUGUAGAUGAAGAAAGGAGUUUGGAGGUUUUGAACAACAUUGAAAAUGUAAUCCUGGAAAUAGUGACUUGUCUGUCGAAGGAUGAGGCACCAGCCCUGGUGCUACCAAACAGAUCCAGUUGGGAUAAUAUCAGUUUUGACAGUGCAAUUGGGCUUCAGAUGAGUUCAACAAGUGCUGUCAUGACGAUCAGAAGUGACUGCCCAAAAACUGCCACUACACUUUCCCAGAUUCUCAAGAUUCUCUCUGUCACUUACACACUCGUGCAGAGCAACUCAUAUGCCACAAAAAGAGACAUUUAUUACAACCAUCCACAGCUGUUUGGCUCACAGAAAAUAGUCGAUAAAAUAGUGGAUGAUGUGUCAUGCAUGCUAAAGGUUCCUCGAAGAGCUCUACGUGUGUUGGCAACAUCCAAAGGUGUAAUCUCAGGUGAUCUUUGUUAUAUGGAGGAGGACGGUACGAGGAUUGACUGCCACUCAAGCUCUGCUGCUGUUGCAGUCUCAGCAAACAUUGCAGGCAUCCAAAAUAUUGUAUCAUCUGCCAAGUUCAUCCUUAUAGUUGAGAAGGAUGCUACAUUUCAGAGACUUCUUCAAGAUGACUUCUGCACAAAGCUUUUUCCCUGUAUCAUGAUCACAGGUAAAGGCUUUCCAGAUGUGAACAGCAGGUUGAUGGUGAGAAAGCUCUGGGACGUGUUGCAUGUCCCUGUCUUCACUCUGGUGGAUGCUGACCCGCAUGGCAUUGAGAUCAUGUGUAUCUACAAGUAUGGAUCAGUGGCCAUGUCAUUUGAGGCCCAAAGCCUGACCAUCCCCAGUGCAAUGUGGUUAGGCCUCCUCCCCUCGGACCUAGAGAGGUUGCAGGUUCCCAGGAGUGCUCUGCUCCCCCUCACCAAGACUGAUGAAAACAAACUGGACAGCCUCCUCAAACGGCCUUAUGUAACGGACCAACCAGAAUGGGUUAAAGAGAUGGCGUUGAUGCAGAAGAAUAGACUCAAAGCUGAAAUUCAGUCACUGGCAGCCAUUGGUCCAGAUUUUCUCACCAGCAUCUACCUGCCCAACAAGCUGCGCUUUGGGGGCUGGCUAUGAGCACAAUGCUGCCAUCCAGCGGGAUAAAAGACUAAUGACAAAACGGGUUGGAAAUGACCCUAUAUGUAAACGACCAGUUUGACCGUUAUCGACACAAUAAAUAGUUGUUGUUUUUUU